AUGGCGGCCACGCCGUGGCUGCUGCUUCUUUGCCUCAGCCUCGGCGCCGGAGGCGUACUGCAAGCUCGUGCCCAGCCUGACAGUAAAGGAUUCAUAAGCAUAGACUGCGGUCUGCAGGGGGAGACGGGCUACACGGAUAACACCACCAAACUCUCCAUCGCCCCGGACAACGGCGGCUUCACGGACGACGCCGGAACCUGCCACAACAUCUCGGCCGAGUAUGUAACUCCGUUGAUGGGCAAGAGCUGGUACAACUUGCGCAGCUUCGCAGCUGGCACGCGGAACUGCUACACGCUCCGGUCCAUCGUACCCGGGCUCAAGUACCUCGUCCGGGCCAGGUUCAUGUACGGCAACUACGAUGGCCUCCAUCGGCUGCCCAUGUUUGACCUUCACAUCGGCGUCAACUUUUGGCGCACUGUGAACAUCUCCAGCCCAUUCGCGGCGAAGUUCGUGGAGGUCAUUGUCGUGGUGCCGGGUGACUACGUGCAGGUCUGCCUGAUCAACACCGGUGCCGGGACGCCCUUCAUCUCCGGGCUGGACCUCAGGCCGCUCAAAAAGACAAUGUACCCACAGGUGACCGCGGCGCAAGGGCUCGUGCUGUUGACCAGGUUCAACUUUGGCGGCGACGAAAACACCGGUAUCAGGUAUCCUGAUGAUCCACACGAUAGAAUGUGGUUCCCUUGGGUUAACUCUUCAUCGUGGACCGAGAUAUCAACGACGAGGAGGGUCAAGUACGAAGCCGACAGCCCCUUCGAGGCGCCGAUGGCCGUGAUGCAGACGGCCAUUAGGCCGCGGAACGCCUCACACAACAUAGAAUUCGACUGGGAGCCCCAGCCCCAACCCAACGACCCAUCCCCAGGGUACAUCAUCAUCAUGCACUUCUCGGAGUUGCAGCUCCUCCCAAGCAACGCUGUGCGCGAAUUCUACAUCAACCUCAAUGGCAAGUUGUUGAACCGAGAUGUCAUGAGGCCACCAUACCUGUACGGACAGGCCAGCUACAAUACCUUCGCCAUCCGGAAGAGCUACUACAUCGUCUCCCUCAACGCCACCACCAACUCGACGCUGCCGCCAAUUAUCAAUGCUCUCGAGUUGUUCUCAGUCAUACCCACCACCAACCUCAGCACAAACUCCCAGGACGUGUCUGCCAUCAUGGCGAUCAAGGCGAAGUAUCAGGUGCGUAAAAACUGGAUGGGCGACCCGUGCGGUCCAGGGACUGUCAUGGUGUGGGACAGCUUGACAUGCAGCUACGCCAUUGCAAGGCCCCCAGGGAUCAUAAGAGUAGACCUGUCCUCCAGAGGUCUGAAUGGUGAUAUAUCAUCAUCUUUUGCCAACCUCAAAGCCCUCCAAUACUUGAAUCUAUCAAACAAUAACUUGGUAGGCUCAAUUCCAAAUGUUCUUUCGCAAUUAACUUCACUGACAGUUUUAGAUUUGUCACGCAACCAGCUGAAUGGAUCAAUCCCCUCUGGACUCCUCGUAAGGGUCCAAGAUGGCUCACUCGAUCUAAGAUAUGGCAACAAUCCAGACAUUUGCACCAAUGGGAAUUCAUGUCAGCUGCCAACUAAAGAGAAGAGCAAGUUAGCAAUUUACAUUGCCAUCCCUGCAGUUCUGAUAGUGGUCAUGGUGGUGGCAGUACUCUUUUGCUUUAUAAGACGAAAAUGCCAAGGAUCAAUAAACAACUCUGUGAGGCCACGCAAUGAGAUGAUGACCAGCUACGCGUCGGGAGAUGAUUUGUAUGCGGACGGUUCGCUGCGACUUGAGAGCCGCCAAUUCACUUACGAGGAGCUCAAGAUGAUAACAAAAAACUUCGAGCGAGUACUCGGACGGGGAGGAUUUGGGUACGUCUAUGACGGUUUUCUGGAGGACGGCACUCAGGUCGCGGUGAAGCUGCGAUCUCAUUCCUCUGAUCAAGGUGAUAAGGAGUUUCUCGCAGAGGCUCGCAUUUUGACACGGAUUCAUCACAAAAAUCUUGUCACCAUGAUUGGUUACUGCAAGGAUGGGGAGUAUUUGGCACUUGUCUAUGAGUACAUGUCAGAAGGAACCUUGCAUGACCAUAUUGAAGGAAGCAAACUUCAAGGACGAUGUUUGUCCUGGAGACAAAGACUCCGAAUCGCACUUGAAUCUGCGCAAGGGCUAGAGUAUCUGCAUAAGGGGUGCAACCCGCCUCUGGUUCACAGGGAUGUGAAGACCACCAACAUCCUCUUAAAUGCAAAGAUGGAGGUUAGGAUUGCUGAUUUUGGCUUGUCCAAGGCCUUCGAAGGCGACAAUAACCAUGUGUCAACUACCACACUUGUUGGCACACCCGGGUAUGUCGAUCCUGAGUACCAGGCGACGAUGCAGGCAACGGCCAAGAGUGAUGUCUACAGCUUUGGUGUCGUUCUUUUGGAGGUAGUUACAGGGAAGCCAGCCAUACUACGGGAAGUUGUGUCCAUCAGCAUCAUCCAGUGGGCACGGCAACGAAUGGCGCAAGGCAACAUUGAAAGUGUGGUUGAUGCAAGUAUGUGUGGAAUUUAUGAUGUCAACAGCGUUUGGAAGGUGGUGGAAAUUGCCCUAAAGUGCACUGAGUAUGCAUCGACACAUCGACCCACCAUGACCAAUGUGGUGGUGCAGCUGCAAGAGUGCAUCGAGCUUGAGGAGGGCAGCACCGUUGAGGACACAAAUGACGGCACGUACACUAGCGGUGGCAGUGACAACCCGAACUUGAGAUAUGAUCCUUACUUCGAUGAUCGGUCUAUUGAUAUGGACAAGAACAACAUUGCAUUUCAACCGGAACAUAAUGUUAAGAAGGUGCUUGCAAUGUCCACAGGUCCGGUUGCACGUUGA